UAGGGAUGAAUCAGUCACAAGGUUGGAGAUCAACUGGCAAACUUUUAAAACAACUGUUGAACUACGCAGACUGUUGUAGUUUACAUCGCUGCAAGCACAGAGUUCAACCACCAGUGCAUAUGUUGAAAGCCUUGUUUCACUCAUCACAUGGUAGAAAGUUACAUGCAGCAUGUAAGCUAGAGACACGUGGUGUUGUCAGGGUAUCAGGGAGUGAUUCAUGGCAGUUUCUUCAAGGUUUGGUCACCAAUGAUGUAGAGCAGCUAGCCCAACAAUCACCAGGUGUGCAGUACAACAUGAUGCUCAACUCUCAGGGUCGCGUUCUAUACGACUUAUUUCUUUACAAUAUAACAUACAAGUGCAAAACUCCAACAUUAUUGGUUGAUGUUGACUCUACCGCUAAAGAUGAAAUUAUUAAAAUACUCAAACGCUACAAGCUCAGAAAGAAGGUAGACAUCAGUGAUGCUAGUGACAGUUACAAAGUCUGGGCUACAUGGAACCACCACGCUACCAGUCCACAAGAAGUCCAGCAAGACACACCAACCUUAACCUUUCAUGAUCCUAGAGUGCCAAUGCUAGGGAACAGAAUAGUCACAGAGCAAGAUAAUUUAUUUUCAGAAGCCGAGAAGUCAACAGAAAGAGAUUACAGAAUUCACAGAUACAAGUGGGGAGUUCCUGAAGGUGUGCUGGAUCUACCCCCAGGGAAUUGUUUUCCUUUAGAGAGUAACCUAGCAUUUAUGAAUGGAGUAAAUUUUCAAAAAGGAUGCUACAUUGGACAGGAGUUAACAGCUCGUACAUUUCACACAGGAGUGACACGUAAACGUCUGAUGCCUAUAGAGUUAGAUCAAUCAGUUACAGUUAAUCCAGAUGUCACAAUCAGCACUAAAGCCAGUGGUAAAAGUGCCGGAAAGUUCAGAAGUUCAGAGGGACAGUUUGGUCUUGGCCUGCUGAGAAUGGAACUAAUAGAAGAAAAUCUUGGGGUGACUGCAUUAGACGGUCAGUUCAUUCAUGUGAAGGUUCAUCUACCUGGCUGGUGGCCCACUACAAAAACAAACUGAUUGAGUGUUGCUAAAGUGACAACUGACCUGUGUACACAAUUCAAGAAAGGAGGAAACAAGGUUACACUAACAGUUCUAUCAAAAGGAAAGACAUAUUCUGAAGAAAAUUGAAAUCCAACACCUGAGCUGCAUAAGAGGCUUGUAAACAUUUUUUUUCUAAAUCUAAUUGAUGUAUUGUGUGCCCUUCAAGAAAACUUAAUCCUCUAUUUAAAUUUAAUAUAUCGUUACUGAAUGUGAUCAUUUUCAA